UCGUUCAAUUGCCGCCCUCAAGAGGAAAUCUCAACUCAAGUUGUCGAAAUGGAGCGAUGCAAAAGCCGGCGAAGAAGGCGAAGACGACGGAAAAAAGUUGCAUUUCGUGAGUCCGGCUCGCCGGAAAUCGGUGCUGGCCCCCAUCCUCAACAAGAUCAAGAAUGGCGCUGAUGCGGCGGACAGUGCCGAGAAGAAACUGGGCAGCGAGAGCAGCGGCAGUGGCCACAUUGCGGUGCAGAUUGAGCCGGCCAGGCGGGUCAAGCGUCAUAGCAUCCACGGCAUGAUGGAGGAAGAGAACACGAUCCGGCCGCAUCAGGAGAUCCGCCAGCUGACGCUGGAGGAGAAGAAGUUCCUGCUGGCGGUGGAGAGGGGCGAUAUGGCCGGCACUCGCAGGAUGUUGCAGAAGGCCCAGGACACGGAGUACAUCAAUGUGAAUUGCGUGGAUCCAUUGGGCCGAACGGCCUUGCUAAUGGCCAUUGACAACGAGAAUCUCGAGAUGGUGGAGCUGCUAAUAAACUACAAUGUGGACACGAAGGAUGCCCUGUUGCAUUCCAUUUCGGAGGAGUUUGUUGAGGCUGUGGAAGUGCUGCUGGACCACGAAAAUGUCACCUUCCACAGUGAGGGUAAUCAUAGCUGGGAAUCUGCCUCCGAGGAUACAUCAACGUUUACGCCAGACAUAACGCCCUUGAUCCUGGCGGCUCACCGCGACAACUAUGAGAUAAUCAAGAUACUGCUGGAUCGGGGAGCCGUGCUGCCCAUGCCGCAUGAUGUGCGAUGCGGCUGCGAUGAGUGCGUUCAGUCCCGCCAGGAGGACUCGCUCAGGCACUCCAGAUCGCGCAUCAAUGCCUAUCGAGCGCUGGCCAGUCCCAGUUUGAUAGCACUCUCCUCCAAGGACCCCAUACUAACGGCCUUCGAGUUGUCCUGGGAGCUGCGACGGCUCAGUUUUCUGGAGCACGAAUUUAAGAAUGAGUACCAGGAGCUGCGAAAGCAGUGCCAGGACUUUGCCACCGCCCUGCUGGACCACACUCGCACCUCUCACGAGCUGGAGAUCCUGCUCAACCACGAUCCCACCGGACCGGUCUACGAGCACGGUGAAAGGAUGCAUUUAAAUCGCCUAAAACUAGCCAUCAAACUGCGCCAGAAAAAGUUCGUGGCACAUUCGAAUGUGCAGCAGCUGCUGGCGAGCAUUUGGUACGAAGGUUUACCCGGUUUUCGGAGGAAGAACAUGGCCUUGCAGGCGGUGGACAUUAUCCGCAUCGGAAUCAUGUUCCCCAUCUUCUCGCUGGCCUACAUCCUGGCACCCUAUUCAAGUAUUGGCCAAACGAUGCGCAAGCCGUUUAUCAAGUUCAUCUGCCACAGCGCCUCCUACUUUACCUUUUUAUUCCUUCUGAUGCUGGCUUCUCAGAGGAUAGAGACCUUCAUCGGCGGCUGGUUUUUUGCGGACUCCUCUGGAAUGCUGAACACGGUGGAGGAACUGCCCACAAAGCGAGGAGCCAAGCCGACCUUUAUUGAAUGGCUAAUCCUGGCCUGGGUCAGUGGUCUCAUCUGGAGCGAGGUGAAGCAGCUGUGGGAUGUGGGUCUGCAGGAGUACCUCAACGACAUGUGGAAUGUGAUCGACUUUGUGACAAACUCCCUUUACGUAGCCACUGUGGCUCUGCGGGUGGUUUCAUUUUUUCAGGUCCAAAAAGAGAUGAUAUACAACUCGCAUGCCACGGAUCUGCCGCGAGAGCGAUGGGACGCCAUGGAUCCGAUGUUGAUAUCGGAGGGCUUAUUCAGUGCGGCGAACAUUUUCAGUAGCCUCAAGCUGGUUUAUAUAUUCUCGGUGAAUCCGCAUCUGGGGCCACUGCAGGUGUCGCUGUCCCGGAUGGUGAUGGACAUCAUGAAGUUCUUCUUUUUAUAUGUCCUGGUCCUUUUCGCUUUUGGAAGUGGUCUCAACCAGUUGCUGUGGUAUUAUGCGGAUCUGGAGAAGAAGCGUUGCCCCGAGGUUUCUCCCAUGAGUGCUCUCCUAAACAUGAAUGGCACUAAUGACCCAAAUGCUUGUAUUGUAUGGCGCAGGUUUUCUAAUUUAUUUGAGACCACCCAAACACUUUUCUGGGCUGUCUUUGGCCUGAUUGAUUUGGACAGUUUCGAGUUGGAUGGCAUCAAGAUCUUCACCAGAUUCUGGGGCAUGCUGAUGUUUGGAACCUACUCUGUUAUAAAUAUUGUUGUGCUGCUUAACCUGCUCAUUGCCAUGAUGAAUCAUUCGUAUCAACUGAUUUCGGAACGUGCUGAUGUGGAGUGGAAGUUUGCUCGGUCAAAGCUGUGGAUUAGCUACUUCGAGGAGGGCGGAACCUGUCCACCACCAUUUAAUAUUAUACCCACUCCGAAAUCAAUUUGUUACGCCUUUAAAUGGAUGCGUCGCAUCUUCUGCAGCGGAUCCUCUGCUGCUCGAAGGGAACAUCUCAAGACAAUAAGACGAAAGGCUCAACAGGCCAGCGAUCGGGACUUCAAGUAUCAGCAGAUAAUGCGAAAUCUGGUGAGGCGUUAUGUAACUGUGGAACAGCGAAAGGCCGAAUCCCAAGGCGUAACCGAGGACGAUGUCAACGAGAUCAAGCAGGACAUAUCCGCCUUCCGGUGCGAGUUGGUGGAAAUACUCAAGAACAGUGGCAUGGACACUAAUGUCACCGCUGGUCAGGGUGGUGGAGGUGGUGGCAAGAAAAACCGCCAGAAGGAGCGUCGCCUGAUGAAGGGUUUCAAUAUCGCACCGCCUGGAUCCACGGGAUCGCUGGCACCCGUGGCCGAGUUCUCCACCUCGCUGGACAACUAUGACAACCAGCACGAGAUCCUGAGUUCCACAUUGUCCACUCUUUUUACUCCCAACUUCAUGCACAAGCGCCAGCAUAGUCAGGCGGGAAGUGGGGGCGGUGGAUCGGAGUCACCGACCACGCCCACCCAGGGAAAUCCCGGUGCAACAAUGGGCUCCAAUGGUCUGGUUACCAAGUACAACAAGUCCGCCCUGAAGCCGUACAAUAAGCGCAUUGCGGGUCACAAAAAAAGAUGGGGUACUUUAAUUGAAGCCGCCAAGGUUGGCAACGUCAGCAAAAUGCUGGGACGCUCGAAGUCUGAGGACUCGGUGUGCAACUCCUCGCACACAGCCACUCCGGUUCAUGGUCAAAUGCGGGUCACCUAUGCCCAGAACUCGACCCAGCAGGGCUAUGGUUACCAUGGAGAGGCCAGUUCCACGGGAACAUCUACAUCCACAUCCACAUCCACACCAACUCCCACGAUUUCGGUGGCCAGCAAUUCGCCAGCAGCCCAUGUGGGAGUAGGAUCGCACUUCUUUCAUACAACGAGCGGUCUUACAGCCAUCGCCGCGCUGAAACGCAAACGCAAAAAGUUCUCAUCGAGCAAGAAUAUUUGCCCAGUAACCGAAUCCGUGGCAGCGGCAAAUGCUGCUGAAAUACUAAACGACAAGACCCUGAAGCGUGUGUCCAGUUAUCCGGCAGCCGAGGCCGGAGUGCAGCACAAGGAUCCGGCCCAGCUGGUGAAACCUCGCCGGCACGAGCAAACCCAGAGCCAACACGACUCGGUGGAGACCAACUCGACCUUCACGCUGUCCAUCGAUCCAUCCAACACGUCUGUGAACUCCAGGGAGCCGCUGAUCAGCACCAGUUGCGUUUCGACAACGGGAGCCAUUGGCUGAGGGAAUUUUCGGGGGUUGAGUGGGGCAGAAAUACCAAAGAUUAGGCAGAGAAUAUUUCCGCAAGCUGGAAAUGGCCAGAGAUAUCAAUGAUAAAGCAGCUAAACUAUUUAGAUGGCGCACCUGAAGCAUACACAUAGAUACUAUAUACAGAUACACAUUGUUGACAUUUUUGAUAUGAAGACAUAACUAACUAAGAAAGCUACAACCAACACAGCCUAGAUCUUAAAUUACCUCACCACGUUAAGAUAUAGAGACCAUUGAACGAAUUAGCACACAAACUCAAUAACUGUUAAUGAAAACACCUAAAAAUAAUAUUUUCCAUACCUCAACAUAACAUUUUAUAAUUAUUUGAAAUUCUUUAGCCUACAAUCUUCUACCUUUCACGAAACUAUCGAAUCUACUUUAAACAAAAAAACAAAAACAUUUAAUGAGUUGUUGUCCUAAACUUUUCAUUAAAUUCUUAGUUAUGUUCGUCCGAUUUUAAAAAGCUUCAAUAUUUUUAUAUUUCACCUGAACCACAAAGCACACAUAUCAUGCAAGCGCUUUAUAGAGAAACCUUUUACACCAAAAACAAAAUAUCAACUUGAUGUCAAGUUGGAAAUAUAGAUCCAGUAAAGUCCUUUACCAAAUACAAAUACUAAACUAUCCCAUAUCGAUGUUGAACGUUGCCUUAGCAUGAAACAUAUUUUUUAUACACAUAAGUUUUGGAUGAACAUUGAAUUACUGAAACGUACUGUAGCCGUAACGAGGGAAGCGCUGUGUAUUUCUUGAAUUGAGAGAAUGGAUUUUAAAACCAAGGAUUUGUUGUUGUUCCAGCAAGCAAGCAAGUAAGCAGAAAAGCAAAGCAACGCUAAGCAAACGCAAAGCAAAAUAAGUAAAUAAAUCAAAGAUAACACAAUUUUAUACACCGAUUUUAACCAACACGACAAACAAUAAUCGAAUCGCAUAUAUAAAGAAUACAAGGAUAUGAAUAAUCGAAAUUUUUAGAUGAUUUUUUGCGUUAAUGUAGACAAAUACCCACACAAAUACGGAAUAUCAACGAAAACAAUAACAAGGAAUAUCAUAUAGCAUUUUAUAUAAAACAAUUAUUUUGGAGUAGCAAAACUUUGACUUGCACUUGUGCAACACUUUUUGCUGCUGCCAGAAAAAUAGAAGCAAACUAUGGAGGCAAAAGGAAUACCAAAUACAAUGUUAGACUAAUAUAAAAAUUGUUAUUUGCACGGAAACAUAAACUAAUAAAAUAUAUCGAAACGGA